GCAUCCACUCUUGUCCAUUGUGGUUGGGGCAACUAGUCUGUUAUUUAAUACACUAAUGUUGACCUGGAGAUGGAGAAGGAGAGAGAUGAAUGAAGCUGAUGAUGAGAGGAUACAACCAGACCUUCAUUCAACAUCAGAAAGCACAGAGACUGCUCUCCAGAAUGAUGCACUGAUGUUCUGCAAUCCUGAAGCACCCAGCGUUCUAGAUCCAGAUCAAAGCUCUCAUGACUGCUCUUCUACAUGCUCUGAAUUACAAAACCACAACAUUACCAAACCCCUUCCUGAGCUCGGUCAUGCUCAGAUCUCCAAAUCCAAUAUGUGUGAAAGUUCCCAGGAAGUUCUUCAGCCAACCGAACAACUUUCAGAGGAACCUUCCUGGAUGCCUCCACAUGACCAGGGAGCUCACCAUACAUCCCAGCGUACUCCUGCAGGAUCCAGGUUCAGAAGACACCUCAUCAAUAUGAUCCAGAACCUUCUGGGUCCAGCCCUCAUUUUGGUUAAUGGUCUAGUUCUCCUGCUCAUCAAACCACACUGCCAUCGUCCUCAUUCAGACUGUCAUCCUCUGGUCUAUUUUGACACAAGCUUAUCCAUACUGGUUGUGCUUGUUUUAUUAGCUACUGCCCUUCCCAAGCUCCAUCGCUAUGGGCUGCUGGUGCUACAGGCAACCCCGCUGCACGUUUGCAUUAAUGAAGUGAGAGAUUCCCUUGCUGGUGUGCCAGGUGUACUGUCGGUACACGAGUUGCAUGUGUGGCAGCUUUCGGACACGUUUGUGGUGGCAUCUGUGCAUGUCCACUGCCCCAAAUGGCUGAAUGAAGCAGGGUGUUCAGAUCUUAUGGUCAAGAUCACAAGGGUGCUGAGCACUUUCGGUAUAAACCAUUGCACCGUGCAGCCUGAAUUUCUACUUUCAGACAUGAGUGACGAUGAUGUAGUGAAUAGUGAUGAGGCUGGAUCAAUAGUCGAUUCAGGCUGCAGUUUGCGAUGUGGGCAGGAGUGUGCGGAGAAGCUUUGCUGCUCAUCUCGGGUAAAGAAAUCAUGCCAACACGACAGUGUCACCUCCUUCAAGAAGGACCUGAUGGUUGUCUGUCCACAGGAAGAGAGUUUCUGCUCUCCAGCUCCCUCUGUUGGCAGUAUUACUGGAGAUGAUGUGAUUAUUGAGAACACAUACCUGUGAAUGAACAUUGAACUAAAUAAAAAUAAUUAAAAUGAUAACGUUUGUUUAAGCCUAUUUAAUUUGUGAACUAACAGAUAAUUAUAUCUCUAUUGUACAGGGUGCAGUAAUAUCAACAACAAAUACAUUUUGUGACUAAGAGGUUUAAAAGGAAGAAAGAAAAAAAAGGUACAAAAUCUGUGCCUUUAAAAAAAUCCUAAUAUACCAUUUAGGUACAUUUGGUACAUAUAUCUGACAACUAACUUGAUCACCAUAUCUUUAAUCAUAUAUUUAUGAUCUUUAAUCACCAUCAAGUUGGCUUUAAGCAUAGGCCUAUGAUGCUA